CCUUUCAUUAUCGGGGCUCUGCGAAUGUGUAAGACCUUGAGAUCUUCGUGUGUAACAAAAGGAAAGACAGCUUAUCAUACCUCACUCUAGAUGAAGUCGUCGGGGAAGAUUAUAUCGACGCCAAUGUAUUGAAUCGCAACCCAAUUUUCUCCUUCGCUAAUCGUUGUUUAGUUGUGCUUGGUGUUAUGUCGCUCAAGCAUCUGGAUCUCUUUUCUGCAGAUGGCUUGUGUCGAAUUUAUUUUUAUUUUGCGAACCUAUGCUCUGUGGGGCUGCAGUAAACGAGUCCUUUUCUGUCUCUUAGCUGCGUAUCUGACUACGUGUGUCAUAGGUAUCAGCUCCCUCCAAAUCUACACUGGUGCUCUCCCUGCCGAUGCAUGUUAUGGACCAGCUAACCCAGGCGCAUCAUGGCUCCUUACUAGCUUUGUGGCGUUGAUUAGUCUGGAAAUAGGAUUGUUUGGGAUGAGCAUGUAUCGGGUUCUAAGCCAAUACCGCGCCGCUUCAGGACAGCUGCUCAAAUCGUUAGUGCGGAACAAUAUCGUGUAUUUCGGAGCCAGCGUGGCUCUGAACAUUUUUAAUAUUGUUGGGAUCUCGCUUAUUCCGAUUGCGACAUGGCCUACUGGUAUCAUGGAAAUCGCACAGAUUCUCUUCCAGGGGUUGCUUGCAACACGCAUGCAACUUGAUCUUUGGAAAGCUGACAGCCGUGAAGUGGGACCGACGAUGGUCACGAUGUCAAUAGCAGAAUUUGCAGUGGCGAGAUCUGAAUCCACAGUCUAUUAAAAUUCUCAUUUGGCAACACCCAACUGCUAAAGUAACCAGACUCU